AUGGAUGCCUUCAGCUACGUCGACCAGAACCGGGACGGGACCCCCCGAGGGGACCUGGAGGACACCGACUCGCAGCUGGGGAAGAUGAACGUGAGCGAGGCGGAGCUGGAGGAGAUGCCCCUGGCACCCCCAAUGCCCCCAGGGGUCAGCCCCAAACCCCCCCUAACACCCCCAGGCACCGACUCCGAGGAGCCCAUCCUCAGCGCCUUCAGGCUCUUCCACCCCGCUGGCACCAGCACCGUGAACAAGGAUGAGUUUAAGCGGCUCCUCCUGACCCAGGCGGGUAAGUUCUCCCCCAAGGAGCUGGAGCGGACGUUCGCGGUGACGCCCACCAACGUCUCGGGGAACAUCAACUACAAAUCCCGGUGCUACGCCAUCACCCAUGGGGACGGGAAGGAGGACUGA